AUGAGACGUGCCCGCGAAGGGCACGAGAUCCGAAGCCUGGGAGGCGCGCGGAGGAGGCGGAGGGCGGUGCUGCACGGCCGGAGCCCGGGAGCGGCCGGCAGGAGGCGGCGGAGAGAACUUGAACUUGGCGUCGGGAGCGGGCGCCCCGGACGCCCCUCGCCGGGGCGGGGGCGCCGAGGGACCUGGGCGGCAGCACUGCCCUCCGAAUGGCCGCGGCGGCGGACCCGGCUCCCGCGCCGCGGCCCUAGGCGGCCUCUCGCCAUGGCCAAGUGGCUGAACAAGUACUUCAGCUUGGGCAACAGCAAGACCAAGAGCCCCCCGCAGCCGCCGCGGCCCGACUACCGCGAGCAGCGGCGCCGGGGCGAGCGGCCCUCGCAGACCCCCCAGGCCGUGCCGCAGGCCCCCUCGGCCACCUCGGCGUCCUGCGGUACGGCCGCCGCCUCCUGCUUCUCGGUCUCGUCGGGAUCGCUGCCCGACGACAGCGGCAGCACUAGCGACCUUAUCCGCGCCUACCGCGCACAGAAAGAGCGCGACUUUGAGGACCCCUACAACGGGCCCGGCUCGUCUCUGCGCAAACUGCGCGCCAUGUGCCGCCUGGACUACUGCGGCGGCGGGGAGCCAGGCGCGGGGCAGCGUGCCUUCUCGGCCUCGUCCGCGUCGGGCGCCGCGGGCUGCUGCUGUGCCUCCUCUGGCGCGGGCGCCGCCGUGUCCUCGUCCUCGUCCUCGGGCUCCCCUCACCUCUACCGCAGCAGCAGCGAGCGGCGGCCAGCCACGCCAGCCGAGGUGCGCUACAUCUCCCCCAAGCACCGCCUCAUUAAGGUGGAGAGCGCCGCGGGCGGUGCCGCAGAACCCUCGGGGGGCUCCUGCUCAGGCGGUCGCACCUGGAGCCCGACAGCCUGCGGAGGCAAGAAACUGCUCAACAGGUGUGGCGCCUCGGUCGCGGAAGAGAGCGGUGCCGGCAAGAAGGACAAGGUGACCAUCGCUGAUGACUACUCGGAUCCCUUUGAUGCCAAGAAUGAUCUGAAAAGCAAAGCGGGAAAGGGGGAGAGUGCUGGCUACAUGGAGCCCUAUGAGGCACAGAGGAUCAUGACAGAAUUUCAGAGGCAAGAAAGCGUCUGGUCCCAGCACAAAGGCAUCCAAUUAUACGAUACCCCUUACGAACCCGAGGGCCCAAGCAUGGACUCCGACUCAGAGAGCACGGUCAACCCCCGACUCCGGGAGAGCAAGCUGCCCCAGGAUGACGACAGGCCCGCUGAUGAGUACGACCAGCCAUGGGAGUGGAACCGGGUCACCAUCCCAGCUCUGGCAGCCCAGUUUAACGGCAGUGAGAAACGGCAGUCAUCCCCCUCGCCUUCCCGGGACCGGCGGCGCCAGCUUCGAGCUCCCGGAGGGGGCUUCAAGCCCAUCAAACAUGGGAGCCCCGAGUUCUGUGGGAUCCUGGGAGAGAGAGUGGAUCCUGCUGUCCCACUGGAGAAGCAAAUAUGGUAUCACGGAGCCAUCAGCAGAGGAGAUGCGGAGAACCUGCUGCGACUCUGCAAGGAGUGUAGCUACCUUGUCCGGAACAGCCAGACCAGCAGGCACGACUACUCCCUCUCCCUGAAGAGCAACCAGGGCUUCAUGCACAUGAAACUGGCCAAAACCAAAGAGAAAUACGUCCUGGGUCAGAACAGCCCCCCGUUCGACAGUGUCCCAGAAGUCAUCCACUACUACACCACCAGAAAGCUGCCCAUCAAAGGGGCCGAGCACUUGUCCCUCCUCUACCCCGUGGCUGUGCGGACCCUGUGA